AUGUCCGAAUACUCCGAAUGGUUGGAGGCAGCUGUUGGCAUGGGGGCAUUGGACGAGGCAACGGAUCAGGACACUUUGCAGCAGGCCACAGUGCACCAGCAGAGACGCGACGCCGUGCUGUGCCUUAUUGACUGCCAGCUCAGCAUGUUUCAGGGGAGAAGUUGUUCCAGUGACCCUGGCGAAAUCAGCCGGAUAGGUGCCGACAACACUUCCGGGGAAGAUUCCACUCCCGCAAUGCUGAACUCAGUCGCCACCUCGGGCUGCUCCAAAGGGAGGAACGCCACAAUGCAAAAACAGUCGACAGAUGUUUUUUUUUCGUCAGACGUGGGCGGCGAGGGCGUGGAGAGGAGAAUACCGGCGGGCAUGGCGACGGGAAAUGAAAAAGGCACGGACUCUGAAGUGACAGGAAACCGCAUCAAUAAUACCCCCUUCCGGGACGCUGUGCGCUGUGUUCUGAAACUGUGCCAGGACAAAGUUCUGAUGAGCGACAAGGACUUGGUGGCUCUGGCCCUUUACAACACGAAUAAGAGACAUAACAUCUAUGAAUUGCCCGGCCUUUAUAUUGUUCACCCCUUUUCUCUUCUCAGCGUUCAGUCUGUGCGGGAAUUGGAGGGACUAGCGGCUUCAGGAGAUGUAUCCUCGAUGAUGUAUGAGGAGUUCAAGAAAAAU